AUGACGAAUGUUGUAAAGGCACUGCUGUUCGACGACAUGAUGCUGCCCAAGUUCGACGACUUCCCAUGGCCCGUCUUUGACCCGCUGCCCUCCAACGUGGAGGACAAGGCCGCCGACGAGGAUGCCAAGUCCGACUCGGACGCCGGCAGCUCCUUGGGGACGUUAGGCACGAAGUCGCCGACGAAGACAAGCGCCAACGAGGAGAAGGUGUCGGAGACCAAGGAAGAGGCGAAGGCACGCAAGAAGGCGGAGAAGGAGGGUGAAAAGAUCGCCAAGCAGACGGCAAAGCUGGAGAAGGCUCGCGCGAGCGAAAGAGAAAAAGCCAGAAAGAGAGGCGAACCGGUGAUGAACCGCGAGGAAGAGGAGGAGCGUCAGGAAGCUGCCGCAGCGGCCUUCGACGCCCUCACGCCGUCCCGGACGCCACGCAGCGGCCGCUCCACCAGUAGUGGACACGUGCACAGCAGCGACCCGCGGCCGGCCAUCCGAGACAUUGACAGCGACGCGACGCAGCUGCAGCGCCCGCAGAGCCUCGGCGCGUUGGACGAGCAGAGUCCCGAGCCAGCCGACCCGUGGGGCCGCCUGCCGUCGGUGCUGACGACGGCCACGCCGAGCUGGAUCAUUGUCGGUGCUGCGGAUCUUGUGUCCAAUGGUGCUGCUGUGAAGCCGGCGGGACGCGCCGGGAAGAACAAUGGUACAGCUGACUGCACAAACACCGCGAGUGCGGCAGCGGAGCAGGGUCGCGACAGAGCAACUACCCGCGGCGUGAAUGGCGAGGAGGAGAGUCGUCCUAAGGAUUCUAACCAUAAAAGUCCGACGAAGCACGAACACGGCAGCGCCCGCGAAGGCGACAAAAGCCAACCCGUUCACGGCGACGUCGACGACGAACAACAAGACCGCAAACGGAGGCGGCGAGUCAGCUGUGCUGACAGCAGACUUGCUACGCAAGGAGCGCGGCGCAACCGGCCCCGCAGACGACGGCGGCAAGGCACCAUCGGGCGCCAGCGGUCGGCUACCAGCGCGGCGACCGAUGGUCAGCUUGGACACACUCUCCGUGUCCACCACUGCCAGCGAGCGCGCGCGGUGCGGACGCGGCAGCACGACGCGGAGGUCACCAAGCACUUCCACGACACGCCCUUGGAAUUCUUCAAGUCCGGCGCCGGCGAGGUGCGGCGGGGCAGCAAAGAAGUUUUUAUCAGCCGCGGCGCGUCUGCCGUUGCUACCCCGAAGUCCACCUCCCGACGCACAAGCGGAACAAAGACACUGCUGCAGUCGCAGUCAGCCACACGCUCCGGCCGCGCGCGCAACGACGGCCAUGACGUCGGCAAGGAAGAGUCCGCCGCCAGGACGUCGGUAGGAAAUGGGAAGGACACGAAGGCGCGUGUGAGUCGCGAACCGGGGCAACCGUCAGCCUCGCCAACGGACCUUGUGACCGUCACGGACCGUUUUAGCGUCCCUCCGGCAGCUUUGCAAGCACCACCCGCUCUUUGA